AUGAGUGGUUACGAUAGUGCAUUAUCGAUUUUCUCACCUGACGGACAUGUUUUUCAAGUUGAAUAUGCAUCAGAAGCUGUUAAAAGAGGUACUUGUGCAGUUGGAGUAAAAGGUAAAAAUAUAGUAGUUUUAGGUUGUGAAAGAAGAACAACAUUAAAAUUACAAGAUCCAAGAACAACACCUUCCAAAAUAUGUAAAAUAGAUCAUCAUAUAUUAUUAGCAUUUGCUGGUUUAAAUGCUGAUGCAAGAAUUUUAAUAGAUAAAGCAAGAGUUGAAGCUCAAUCACAUAAAUUAAAUUUAGAAGAUCCUGUAAGUGUUGAAUAUUUAACUAAAUAUGUUGCUGGAGUUCAACAAAAAUAUACACAAUCUGGUGGUACAAGACCGUUUGGAAUUGCUACUUUAAUUGCUGGAUUUGAUGUUUAUGAUAAUGUACCUAAAUUAUAUCAAACUGAACCUUCUGGAGUAUUUAAUGCAUGGAAAGCUCAUGCAAUUGGAAGAUCUUCCAAAACAGUAAAAGAAUUUUUGGAAAAACAAUAUAAAGAAGAUUUAAGUGAUGAUGAAACUAUAAAAUUAACUGUAAAAUCUUUAUUAGAGGUUGUACAAACUGGAGCAAAAAAUAUCGAAAUUUCCAUAAUGAAACCAAAUGCAAUAAUAGAAAAAUUAACAAUUGAUGAAAUUAAAAAAUAUGUUGAUGAGAUUGAAGCUGAAAAAGAAGCUGAAGCUGAAAAGAAAAAACCAAAAUCAAAAGAUUAA